GGGUCCCCGGGGGAGGGGUGUGAAAUCAUUGCACAGCGCGGAUCAUUGCACACAUACAAAACCACCACGGCGGGGAGAGAAAGGGGAGCUGGUCUCUUCUGGCCUGGGGUUUCUGUUGAUGUUGCUAUAAAGGGAGGAGCCCUUUAUAUUUGCAGCUGGUACUUUGCAGACUGUCCCUGCGUGGGUUUGUUGUGGUGCCCCGCCAGAGUGUUUGCAUAGGCUGAUGUAGUUAAUCCAGGUUCCUUGCCAGGGCCGGUUAGCUGGGGAGUGCUGCUGAUCCGGGAGGGAGGAGCAGAGAGAUGAUGUGCCUCCCUUGUGCAGCUGGUAGUUCGCAGACGGUCCCUUAGCAGGUGGGGCUGACUGUCUGCUGCAGUUGAUGGUGAGAAGGACUGAGAUCUCAGCUGCCCUCUUGCAGAGUGGUGAUGAUAAUAGUAAUACUGAUAGAGCUUUUCAGCCAGAGAUUCCAAAGCACUUGCUAAAGGCAGCAGCUCACGCAAACGGUUCAGUGCCUCGUUCCUGCACACUGGCCGCACCAUGAUGGCAGUGACUGACUCCAGCCGCCAGGACUGAGUGGGGAAGGCAGCGAGGGACCUUGGUCAGGUGUUUUGCAGGGUCUGUGUGAAAGCAUAGAUGGACAGCAUGUACUUGGCUGAGCCUGCACCCGGGGGCGCCAGCCCCGUCUCCCUGGAUGUCCUCAGCUUCCUGGACCCACUGGCGAACAGCACAGAGGAGCAGUGCUUCAGCGCCCGCUCCCGGAGCACGGUCCUGCAGGGGCUGCCAUUCGGCGGUGUGCCCACCGUGCUCGCCAUCAACUUCAUCCUCUGGCUGCUCCUCCUCCUGGUCUUCUCCUGCCUUCGGAAAGCAGCUUGGGACUAUGGGCGCCUGGCCCUGCUGAUGGAUAAUGACAGCUUGACGUCGCUGUUCUAUGGGGAGCAGAGUGAGAAGGAGAAAUCACCGUCGGAGACCAGCCCGCCGGAUGUCGAUAACAAAGAUGUGGGAUUCUGCUCCUGGCUCAUUUCCAUCUACCAAAUGAAGGAUGAGGAGCUCCAGAGCAAGUGUGGGAUCGAUGCCACCACCUACCUCUCUUUCCAGCGCCACAUCCUGGUGCUGGUCAUGAUCGUCUGUGUGCUCUCUGUGGCUGUCAUCCUGCCUGUCAACUUCUCUGGGGAUCUCUUGGGAAGCAGUCCAGCUCAUUUUGGCCGGACAACCAUCACCAACGUCCCAACACAAGACCGUCUCCUGUGGCUGCACAGUAUCUUCGCUCUCAUCUAUUUCAUUAUCACCAUCCUCUGUAUGGCUCAUCACUCUGUCCAGCUCGAAUACAAGGAGGAUGAGAAGGUUGCCCGGACACUGAUGGUCACCCGGAUUCCCAAGGAAAUCACAGACUCCUCCCUUGUCAUCAAGCAUUUUCACGAGGCCUAUCCCAGCUGUACUGUCACCAAUGUCCAGUUCUGCUUUGAUGUUCACAAGCUGAUGAAGCUGGAUGGAGAGAGGCGCAAGGCAAUGAAGGGACGACUUUACUUCACCACCAAGGCACAGAAAGAGGGGAAAAUCAUGAUCAAAACUCACCCCUGCGCCCGCAUCUUCUGCUGCCGCAGCUGCACCUUUGAACAGGUGGAUGCUGAGCAGUACUAUGGGGAGCUGGAGGAGAAACUGACCGAUGAGUUCAAUGCUGAGCGCAACCGCAUCUCACUCAAGCGUCUUGACAUGGCCUUCGUCACUUUCCAGGAUGAGAGGAUGACAUCAGUGAUUUUGAAGGAUUACAGCCGCAUCCACUGCCGCAGGCACCCACAGCAAUCCUCCGUGACCACGGUGGUAAAGUCCCACAGCUGGGGCGUUCGCUAUGCCCCAGCCCCAAGUGACAUCAUCUGGGAGAAUUUAUCUGUCCAUGGCACGUCAUGGUGGGUGCGAUUUGUCCUCCUCAAUUUCUGCCUCUUCAUCCUCCUCUUCUUCCUCACCACACCUGCCAUCAUCGUCAACACCAUAGACAUGUUCAACGUGACGCGGCCGGUAGAGAGCCUCAAGAAUCCCGUCCUCACCCAGUUCUUCCCCACGUUGCUGCUCUGGGCCUUCUCUGUGUUCCUGCCAUUCGUCGUGUACUAUUCUGCCUUCUUUGAGUCACACUGGACCAGGUCGAAUGAAAAUCAGGUCACGAUGCACAAGUGUUACUUCUUUCUGGUGUUCAUGGUGAUCAUCCUGCCCUCGCUGGGGCUGACCAGUUUAGAUCUUUUCUUCCACUGGCUCUUUGACAUUCACUUCUUGGAUGAGGCAAAUAUCAAGUUCCAGUGCGUUUUCCUCCCUGAUAACGGCGCUUUUUUUGUCAACUACGUCAUCACGUCCAGCCUGAUUGGGACAGCCAUGGAGCUGCUGCGCAUCCCCAGCCUCAUCGUCUAUGCAACCCGCCUCUGCUUCGCCAAGUCUGAGCCAGAGCGGCUCCACAUCAAACGGUGCCAAGCCUAUGAGUUCCAGUUCGGGCUGGAGUACGCCUGGACCUGCUGCAUCUUUGCUGUCGUCAUGACCUACAGCAUCACCUGCCCCAUCAUCGUCCCCUUUGGUUUGCUCUACAUGCUGCUGAAACACAUGGUGGAUCGCUACAACAUUUACUAUGUGUACAUCCCCACCAAGCUGAACCAGCGCAUCCACUCAGCGGCCGUCAGCCAGGUGGUGGUGGCACCCAUCCUCUGCAUGUUUUGGCUGCUCUUCUUCUCUGUCCUGCGUCUAGGUCCCAUCCGUCCCAUCACCCUCUUUACCUUCGUGGUUCUUCUAUCCUGCAUCCUCUUCUCUUUCUUUGGCCUGUGUUUGAAGAAGCUGCAGCCAAGGAAGCCCUCCAGCUAUCAGAUGUCCGAGCAGUCAGAAGGGGCCUUCAACGACACAGAAAGAAGCAGCAUCUCCUCAACCCCUAACUCAAAUAUGUUCGUGGCCACGGUCCUGCAGGAGCCCGAGCUGAGCCUGACGCCGGCUGCCUCCCCAGCUCACCAGUCCUACGGCACAAUGGGUAACCGGCUGGAGCCGGUGGAGAACAGCGAGGAGGGUGGCCUUCAGAGCUUUGAGACGGAGCUGGAGACUGUGGAGGGUGAAUUCAGAACCGGGCCCGUGCUGGAGGACCAGGUCCAUUACCACUGAGCAGCCGCCCGCAGCGGCAACACCAGCUGGACAGAAACUCCUACAUCAAGUAUUGAGAACGCGGGGGGACCUCCAUCUUCUAGGCCCCGAGCUUCCUGAGCUGCCAUGGCGACCCUGCCGCCAGCUCUCAGGCCCUGGCGAGGGUCUAGUGCCGCUAACUGGCCCAGAUCCAACACUGCUGAAGAGCAACGGCUUUUCUGGCCUGCGAGAGCCCAAGCCCCAGUGCUGGGGUGGUGGCCUCCUGCUCAUGCACACAGAUAUUACUGGGGUCUAGGCUGCAGUGGUGGAGACAGAACUUAAUAGAGGGGGAGACCCCAGGAGGCCUCUUGCUUCCAUCCUGUGCUCCAGCUCUGAGCAGCUGAAGCUGAUUGCUUAGUGCAUCUCAUGCUCAGUAGCCUGCCUGCCAUCCCCUGGUUUUCCAUUCUCCUGGAGUCAGGGUCAGUCGCCGCAGACCUCAGGCACCCCUCUUUGCUUUCCACACCUUUCCCUCUGGUUCAGCAUCUCUUUGGGAAGGAGGGGAGCAGUAGAGUGGGUGGCCCCCAGACAUUGGGGCGGGGGGGGGGGCACAGACCCAUCGCGCCAGAGCAGACGUAGCUGUGAAUCUUUUUUUAUCAACAUAUUUUGGGAGAUUGUGGGGGUGGGCAUGGGCUUGUUCUCCUGCUGCCAAGGGAAAAUGCCCAGAGAGCGCCGAUGAAUGUGUCCAAUGCAGAAGCAAAGGCCUGCAGUUCCCUGGCUGCCACGGGCACCAGCCAGACUCAAGUGCAAUGCCAAACCCGUAGCUUUGUGGUGCACUCGCUCGCUGUCCCAAGGAGCAGGGCAGGGCAGUUGCCCUUCAGCUGGGCCCCAGUGCCAGGCCUGGGUGGUGUCUGUUCCUCCCCCUAUGUCUGCUUGCGGCUGUGUGUGUGUGACUGCUGAACGCUGUAUUUGUCUUUGGGGCUCCUUCUCUUGGUUCAGCGUCUGAUGUGGGGCCUGUCACCUGGCUCCCCCAGCACAGGGUAAGGGAGAAAGAGAGAGGGUGGGUGCCAGGGGGAGAAUGCUGAGGCCAGGAUGGAAUAACAAGCAGCAAAAGGAGAGUUGUGUGCCCUGAAGCAUUAGCGCUGUACAGCAGCAUGUUCCAGACUGCCGGCUCUUUGGGCAUGACCCCUCGGAGAUGCAUGUAGGCUCCAAGGGCUUAAUUAAAGAGGCAGCUGGGAGUUGUGGGGGGGCUCUAUUCAUGCAGGGGCUUAUGCAUGUGAUUGAACAAGCUCCUUUGGGGAACCCUUCUGGGCAAUCUCUGGGCUGGAAAAACCUCUGCCCCCACCACCUGGACUUGAGAACACAUGGAGCAGCCUCACACUGGAAAUUCCCAAGAUGGCUAAUGAACGCUUGCUUUCACUUCGCUGCUGGAUGGUCACCCUCCCCAGCAUCUGCUGCCUGCUGAAUGACCGGCACUAGUCAAAGAGCUAGGGAAAGGAAAGUCAGUGCCAGCCUAGUGACACUGGUAGUAGAGGACUUUUAUACUGCCCAGUGUCAGAAAUGCAGCCCCCUCGGGCAUAGGCUGCUGCAACUGUUUAACAGGUACCCAGCAACACUGCCCCAGUGCUAAUGCCAGCAUCCUAAGUAUGGUUCUGUCCAAUUGCAGCAGCAACUGCACUUGGUGCUUAUAAUCCAGGGUCAGUGACGGCUUAUGCCCCCUCACCUCCACCCCAGGCUCAUGCUGUCCUCCAGGGAGACAGGCAUCACGCCUUCUGCCAUGCAAGGAGGAGCCACCUGCCCAAGGCUGAGCGGCACAACAUGUGCUCAAAAUGUUUGGCUACAUGUUGGCAUGGCAGGCUGCAAGCAAGGGGAGGGGUGUUUGCUGUAGGACCCCACGCCACUUGGCAGGUUGUUGUCACCUUAAAGAGCCAUCUGUGCAGAGAGUCAUAAGACCAUUUGCAGUUGCAGGACGUUCAGCCAGGGGCUCAGUUUGUGCCUCAGGGAGGUGUCAGCUAGUGCUUACGCUUGAGGGAAUUCUGCAUCAAAAAAAUAAAAUUUGCAGAAUUUUGCAAAAUUUUAUUGUGUGCAGAAUGUUUAUGUCACUAAUAAAUGUGGCAGUGCCAGCAUGGCAGUGGGGAGCACAGGCCACUGGCUGCAUGGAGGUGGGCGCUCACCCUACAACACCUCCCGCCCCCCUCAUCCCCAUGACAUGGACUCAGUGGUGAGGCUGCUCCAGACCCUGACAUAGCACAAGGGCCGGGCCUGCCCCAGAAAUACCCUGGAUCCCUCCUCCCCCACCCCCGGCACACAAGGUGUGGGCUGGCGGGCUCAGCCCAGCAGGAGCCUAGUGUGGAGGGAUCCAGGUGUGGAUUGAGAGGGUUCUGUGUGGGUGCAAUAUGGUUGCAAGUGGCUCAGUGAGGGAUCUAGAUACGGGGGCGGGGCGGGGGGUUUGGGACAGAAUCUGGCUGCACAGGGGCUUGUUUUAGGGUGGAGGGAUUCCAAGUGCAGGGGAAAUGGGACUCUGCAGAGGAAGGGCCAGGUGGUGCAGGUUCAUCAGGGUGGUCUAGAUAUAUGGGGGGGUUAAAGG